AUUGAUGUUGGGCUUGGUGCUAAGCGGCAAAUGGUUUUGUAUAAAAAGGCUGAGCAGAUCCAACAAAAUCGUCAGUUUCCAUUUAACUGUCAACCAAGCAACCAAACAAAACUCAAAAUGUUCAAAUACGUCGCAUUCUUCGCCCUCCUUGCUGUUGCUGCUGCCAAGCCUGGUCUGCUCGCUGAGACACACACAAUCGUUCAACCAGCUGUGGUUGCUAAAACUGCCUAUGUCGAUACUAGCGCAUCCUCGGCCAUAACUCACCAGAGCCAUGUGAAUCUCGUCAGGAAGGUGCCAGUUGUUCCAGUCGUCCACGCCGCACCCGUCGUACAUGCCGCCCCCGUCUUGAAGACCAUCUCCGCUCCAGUAGUGCACGCUGCUCCUGUGGUCCACGCCGCUCCAAUAGUGCAUGCUGCCCCAGUUGUACACUCCGUCGUCCACACAGCCCCUCUUGUUAAAACUGUAGUCUCAUCUCCUUUGACCUAUAGCAUCCACCAUUAAUAAAAUAACCUGAAUGUGAUUUAAAAAAUCGAACGGUUUUCAAUUGUUAAAAAGUUAUUAAAAUAAUAUAAAUAGGAAUUUAAAAAUAUAUCAAUGAUAUUUCUC